AUGCCGGGAAACGUGCCGCUGGCCCCGCAGUGUCCGGAGCCCUCUGGAGGAGACGGACCUGUUCAAAUCGAACAAAAAUAUAGAUUCCUUGGAGAGCCUGUGGUAGAAGCUUGUGUUGAAAAUGGUGCAAGCUGCAUUGAUAUCAGUGGAGAACCCCAGUUUCUGGAAGGAAUGUACCUGAAGUACAACAAAAAAGCUGCAGAAAAGGGAGUGUAUGUCGUUGGAAGCUGUGGCUUUGACUCAAUACCAGCUGAUAUGGGAGUACUGUACACCAGAGACAAGUUGAAAGGUACCUUAACCGCUGUCGAAAGUUUCCUGAAGGUGAAAUCUGGGCCUGAGGGAGUGUGUGUGCAUGAUGGCACCUGGAAGUCAGCUGUUUAUGGCCUUGCGGAUCAAGACAACCUGAGGAAGCUUCGGAAAAAGAUAGGAUAUGCCCCUGUUCCAGUCGUUGGUGCAAAACUUAAAAGAAGAGGAUUUGUGUUUUACAGUCAGGAAUUCAAAGAAUACUGCAUUCCAUUCAUGGGAGCUGACGCUUCUGUCGUGAAACGGUCCCAGCGUUACUUGCACACAGAGUUGCAAGAAACACCUGUGCAGUAUGGCGCUUAUGUGAACAUUGGUGGUCUUGGCUCUGUUAUCAAGCUCAUGUUUGCUGGUAUCCUAUUUCUUCUUCUUGUGAAGUUUAGCUUUGGAAGAAAACUUCUGACAAAAUACCCGGCAUUUUUCUCUGGUGGACGCUUCACAAAGGAAGGACCAACCCAGAAACAGAUGGAUGGAACCUCUUUCACAAUGACUUUUUUUGGCGAGGGGUACAGUGAGGGGCAGGAUCCCCAGAAUGGCAAACCAAAUGUAAAGAUCUGCACUGAAGUGAAGGGACCAGAGCCUGGCUAUGUUGCUGCACCAAUUGCAAUGGUUCUAGCAGGUGUAUCUCUUCUGGAAGAUGCAGCAUGUCUGCCUAAACAGGGUGGUGUAUAUUCUCCAGCAGCUGCCUUCUCCAAAACAAAACUGAUUGAUCGCCUCAACAAACGUGGUAUUGAGUUCUCUGUUAUUAGCAAGGCUGAAGUCUGAAGUCAAAAUAUAACUAUGAACUAACACCUUGCCUGGGUCUAUCUCCAGUAAAAUGCACUUGGCUGUAAAAACCUAAUUGUAAAAUAGUUUUGCUGUGCUAUUGUUUACAGCA